AUGUCGAUUGUGGCAGAAGAAGAGGAUGAGUACAUUUCCAAUGAAAUUGGAAACUUGGGUGAAAAAGGAGCACCUCCUCGAUACCUUGGUUUUUUGGCUGGGCUGUUUUCUGGGGUAAUGAAGAAUGUGGUGGGGCAUCCAUUCGACACCAUUAAGGUCAGGUUGCAGACUUCUCCAAAGGGUUAUUUUAAAGGUCCCAUGGAUUGUUCGUGGCAGACUUUGAGGAAUGAGGGCAUUAGAGGGUUCUAUAAGGGUUUCACGCCCCCUUUGGUUGGUUGGAUUUUGAUGGAUUCUGUGAUGCUUGGAUCAUUGCACACGUACAAAAGAUUUUUAAAGGAAAACUUUUAUCAUGAAGAUGAAAAAUUACCUCUUGAGGGUCAUAUCAUGGCUGGUCUAGGAAGUGGCUGGACGGUGUCGUUUGUGGCUGCACCAAUUGAGCAGUUCAAGGCUAGAUUACAGGUUCAGUACGAUGCUAAGACAAAGAUUUAUAACGGUCCGAUUGAUGUGGCGAGAAAAUUGUAUAAUAUUUCUGGUAUAAGGGGCAUAUAUAGUGGGUUACUUGCAACAAUGAUUUUUAGAACCAAUUUUAUAUUCUGGUGGGGGUCUUACGAGCUAUUCACUCAAUGGUUUGAGAACAAUUCUAACUUGUCAAAGCCUUCUAUAAACUUUUGGAGUGGAGGGUUGUCUGCUACUGUCUUCUGGAUUUUUGCAUAUCCAGCAGAUGUCGUCAAACAAACUAUAAUGACCGAUAACCCUGUAAGAUCGGAACGCAAGUACAAAAGAUGGAUUGAUGCUGUGAAUGAUAUUUAUAGAACUAACGGAUUGAAGGGAUUUACUAGAGGAUUUGUACCCUCAAUUUUGAGAUCAUUCCCAGCUAAUGCAGCCGCGUUAGCUGCUUUCGAAGCAGUUAUGAGAGUUUUGCAUUAG